UUUAAGCAUUUUCUGUGCAUAAAAAUCCGAACUCUAAUUAUUAUUAUUGUUAUCGGGUCGCCUGGUAAGCGAAACCGACCGUGUCGGCGGGUUGUUUUCCGCUUAAGCGGGGCUUUUGUGGUGGUAAAAAAACGGUGGCGAUCAACAACAAUUAUCGAGGACGGAAGCGGAGCGCGCGCGCGCCUGCGCAGUCCCCCUCGGGCGUUUCUCGCAUCGCCCCCCAAUGCGGCGAUGUGCCAGUCGGUAGAAUCGGAGCGUAUCGGUCGGUCGCAUCGGCCGUCGCCGUCUCAACGCCCGCCGCCGAUAAAGUUCGACACUCCCACCCCCACACCCCGCGCCCCGACGUAGAAUUGGGGGGGCCCCCGGAGGCCCGCGAUGUCGCGACGCCUCCGCUGACCGUACGUUUCGCUCAACAUGAAACUGACAAUGUUCGCGUUUAAUUUGCUGGUCGCGUCGGUGGUGAGCGGCGGCCCCGCGUGGAAAGAGGUGCAGAGGGGCGGCGGCCUUAAAAUCGGCGCCGAAAAGGGCGGCCGAAACGUGUCUUCGUCGCGCGGCAACGGCAUCAAACUGGGCGGCGGCUCCAGGGGGAUGAGGUCCACGACGACGACGACCUCUUCGCCGGAGAUCGAGGACCACGUCCAGCCGCCGACGGCCGCGCCGUCGGAUAGAGGCGGCCGCGCGCACCACCACCUCCACGUGGGCAUGGUGGUGCCGUCCAAGUCGUUCGGGGUGCGCGAGUACACCAAAGCGAUCACCACCACGAAAAGCAUCAUCCAGAGGAAGCUCAAGCUGUUCAAGAAGUACGAGAUCGAGGUGCACAUCGCGAUGAACCCGAUGACGCCGAGCCCCACCGCGAUCCUGAAGUCGAUCUGCAAGGAGUUCCUCUCGUACAACGUGUCCGCGAUCCUCUACCUGAUGAACUACGAGCAGUACGGACGCAGUACCGCGUCCGCGCAGUACUUCCUGCAGCUGGCCGGGUACCUGGGCGUGCCGGUCAUCGCGUGGAACGCGGACAACUCGGGACUGGAGCGGCGCGCCUCCCAGUCGUCGCUCCAGUUGCAGCUCGCGCCCUCGCUGGAGCACCAGACCGCCGCGAUGCUUAGUAUCCUCGAGCGGUACAAAUGGCACCAGUUCUCGGUGGUGACGAGUCUGAUCGCGGGCCACGACGACUUCAUCCAGGCGGUGAGGGAGCGCGUCAUCGCCAUGCAGGACCGCUUCAAGUUUACCAUCUUGAACGCGGUGCUGGUGGCCAAUAAGGGCGACCUCGCCGCCCUCGUCGACUCAGAGGCGCGGGUCAUGCUGCUCUACUGCACCAGGGAGGAGGCGAUCGACAUCCUCACCGCCGCCAGCGACCUCCACCUCACCGGCGAGAACUACGUGUGGGUGGUCACGCAGAGCGUCAUCGAGACCGCUUUCACCGCGCCUUACCAGUUUCCAGUCGGCAUGUUGGGCGUCCACUUCGACACCUCCAGCCAGAGCCUGGUCAACGAGAUCACCGCCGCCAUCAAGGUGUACGCGUACGGUGUGGAAGACUUCAUCGCCGACCCGGCCAACAAGCACCGCUCCCUCAACACGCACCUGUCGUGCGAGGGUGCGGGGGCGGCCCGCUGGGACACCGGCGAUCGUUUCUUUAAGUAUCUGCGGAACGUGAGCGUCGAAGCGGAAAUGGGCCGGCCCAACCUUGAGUUUACGCAGGACGGCGUCCUCAAAGCCGCGGAGCUGAAGAUCAUGAACCUGCGGCCCGGAGUCAGCAAGCAGCUCGUGUGGGAGGAGAUCGGGGUGUGGAAGUCGUGGCAGAAAGAGGGUCUCGACAUCAAAGACAUCGUGUGGCCGGGCAACAGUCACACGCCGCCGCAAGGGGUGCCCGAGAAGUUCCACCUGAAGAUCACGUUCCUGGAGGAGCCCCCGUACAUCAAGCUCGCGCCCCCCGAUCCCGUCACCGGCAAGUGCUCGAUGGACAGGGGCGUGCUGUGCAGGGUGGCCAGCGACGAGGCCAUCACCGAGGUGGAUAUGGCGCAGGCGCACCGCAACGGCAGCUACUACCAGUGCUGUUCCGGCUUCUGCAUCGACCUGCUGCAGAAGUUCUCCGAGGAGUUGGGGUUCACGUACGAGCUGGUACGUGUCGAGGACGGCCGCUGGGGCACCAACGUGAACGGCAAGUGGAACGGCCUCAUCGCCGACCUCGUCAACCGCAAAACGGACAUGGUGCUGACCUCGCUGACGAUCAACGCGGAACGGGAGGCGGUGGUGGACUUUAGCGUUCCAUUCAUGGAGACGGGCAUCGCGAUCGUGGUAGCGAAACGGACCGGCAUAAUAUCGCCGACGGCGUUCCUCGAGCCGUUCGACGCGGCGUCGUGGAUGCUGGUCGGCGUCGUCGCGAUCCACGCCUCCACCUUCACCAUCUUCCUGUUCGAGUGGCUCUCGCCGAGCGGCUUCGACAUGAAGGUCGCCUUCAACAACGGCGUGCCGUCGAACGCUCACCGUUUCUCGCUCUUCCGCACCUACUGGCUGGUGUGGGCGGUACUCUUCCAGGCGGCGGUCCACGUCGACUCGCCCCGCGGCUUCACCUCCCGCUUCAUGACCAACGUGUGGGCCAUGUUCGCCGUCGUCUUCCUCGCCAUCUACACCGCCAACCUGGCCGCCUUCAUGAUCACCCGCGAGGAGUUUUUCGAGUUUUCCGGCAUCGACGACCACCGGCUAUGCAGGCCGUACUCGCACAAGCCGAGCAUCAAGUUCGGCACGAUCCCGUGGUCGCACACGGACUCGACCCUCGCCAAGUACUUCGGCGACAUGCACGCGUACAUGCGUCAGUUCAACAAGAGCACGGUGCUGCAGGGCGUCGGCGCCGUGCUCUCCGGCGAGAUGGACUCGUUCAUCUACGACGGUACCGUCCUCGACUACCUGACCUCGCAGGACGAGGACUGCCGCCUCCUCACGGUCGGCUCGUGGUACGCGAUGACCGGCUACGGGCUCGCCUUCCCCCGCAACUCCAAGUACCUGAAGAUGUUCAACAGGCGGCUGCUCGAUUUCCGAGAAAACGGCGACCUGGAACGGCUGCGCCGCUACUGGAUGACCGGCGUCUGUCGGCCCGGCAAGCAGGAGCACAAGAGCUCCGACCCGCUCGCGCUCGAGCAGUUCCUGUCCGCGUUCCUGCUCCUGAUGGCCGGCAUCCUCAUGGCGGUGCUGCUGCUGCUCCUCGAGCAUCUCUACUUCAAGUACGUGCGCAAGCACCUGGCCAAGACGGACCGGGGCGGCUGCUGCGCCCUCAUCAGCCUCUCGAUGGGCAAGAGUCUGACGUUUCGGGGGGCGGUCUACGAGGCGCAGGACAUCCUCAGGAACCACCGGUGUCGCGAUCCCAUCUGCGACACGCACCUCUGGAAGGUGAAGCGGGAGCUGGACGUCGCGCAGAUGCGCGUCAAACAGCUGGAGAAGGAGCUGGAGGCGCACGGGGUCAAGCCGCCCCCUUGCAAGCGACGUCGCGGCUGCGUCGCUUCAUGUCUUCGCGUCUCCGACUCACCCGACAUCGUGGUGUCGGGGGAGCAGGGCAGAGCACGGAUGCGGAGUCUGGACCCGGACGGCUACGCCGACGUCAACGGACCCAAGACCGAAAUAGCGGAGAUGGAGACUGUGCUGUGAUGGCAUCGGGGUUCGACCUCGUCCCGCCCCUCGCCACACCCCAAUCGUAUCGCGAAUGAAAAUCUCUUAUGAAUCAGGUGCAUUUACAAACAAACAAACAAACAAAAAAAGAAAUCACUAGCGUAUCCUAUAAAAUUAAAUAAUAAACGGGAGUGUCCGUUUAAGACGGGCACGGAUCUAUGGGAAGAAGAAAAUGACUACUAUUAAUAAUAACGCAUAUAAUAAUGAUAAUGUUGUUGCUAAAGAAUCGUUGUUGCUGUUAUAUAUAAUAAUUGUUGAUGUUUUUCACGUAAUUUGAAUGUACAUACAGAAGGCGCGCCUCGUCGGCGUCCCGCGUAUCGCUUUUCGGUAGAUGUCGCCGCCGUCGCCACCCGGCGACCGUUUUCGAAAUUCGGCCUAAGUCGAGCCGGUUCCGUUUUCCCAUUUUCCCCGUCGACCUUUUUUUUUUUUUUUUUUUCGGACGCCAUCCGCACGCGUAUAACUAAACGAGAGUGUAAAUAAGGGCAAUGCAUAAAAUUGUCAAACUUAAAGUCGCACACCGAGUCAAUAACCGUAAACCGCUGGGCGUGUAGUAAAUCGAUUGGGCGGACUAAAUGUUAAAACCAUGUAACCUACAUAUUUGAGUAAAUAAACGAGCCAUUGACGUGAGUGCCCGACUUCUUUCCCGCAUCCUCCGAUCCCACGUUUUCGGCUAUUAUCGACCAUAAACGAGGUUUU